UAGGCUCGUGCUAGAGCAAUACUAGCGCGCAAGGAGGCCGUUUCCCCGCAGAACCCCUCCAGCAAGCAGCAUGAGGUCUCUGGUUAUAAACUUGUAAUUACGUAUGGCGCAUUGCCAGCUGUCCCGAGCGGAAUCGUGCUCCCGCUCUCGACGAUCCUCAUGUCGAUUGACGCCUCACCUCUGAUUAAGAUACUCCGUACUCAGCACACUUCCUCUCGCCUCUGUCACCGUCACCGUCACCGUCACCCUCUCAUUAACCAUGGCUGCGACCACAACUGUCAACGUUCCCCAUCUGGGUGGCAUUAGUGCCGGUUACCGUCUCUCGGGCGACCGUAUCGAGCCGGCCAAGCCCACCGUUGUGCUCAUCAACUCCAUGUGCACAACCUCCUCGCUCUAUAACACCCAGUUUGAGAGCGCCUCACUGACCAGCGCUGUCAACCUCCUGGCCAUCGAGCCCCUCGGUCAUGGCGCCACAAGCAGCACCACAGAGCACUUUACGUACUGGGACUCGGCCGUCAUGGCGCUGCAAGUCAUGGAGGCUCUAGGUGUCAAAAAGGCUUUUGCCCUGGGCACGAGCCAGGGAGGCUGGGUAGUCGUCCGCAUGGCACUCCUGGCACCUGAAAAGAUCCAAGGCCUUCUGCCAUUGGGCACAUCCAUGGACUACGAGUCCUCCGCCUCCCGCGAGAAGGGUUGCUGGGAUCCCAAGACCCAGCUGAUGCCCUUCUACGAGAAGUGGUCCACGCCUUCACCUGACUUUGUCGUCGACGAAGUCUGGCGAGGCAUGGUCGCCCAGCUUGGCUUCUCUGCCGCUGUCAGCCAGGAGACACUGUCUUUCUGGGACCAGACUCUCAAGGAGGUCUACAGCGGCGAAGCCGGGCGGAAGAAGCUCCGCAUGGCCCUUAUCAAUCUCAUGGAGCGCGAUGGGCUUCUGCGCCGUCUCCAGGACGUCAAGUGCCCUGUCUAUUGGUUGCAGGGCCCCGAAGAUCCCGUAUUUGGCAAAACGGUCCCCGCCGAACACAUUGAAAUGUUCACGGCGUCGCCCGAGGCGACAUUGACAUUUGUCGACGGCGCAGGUCACUACCUCAACGCCACGAGCCCUAAUGAGACCGAGGAGGCCAUCCUCAAGAUGGUCCGCAAAUACGCCUAGACGCUUAUGAUCUUAGCAUCAGAGCCUUUCACUUGCGUGACUGCUGGUUGAAAUGUGUGCCCAUGAUGAAUCAUAAAUGAGCUUGUCGGGUUGGGUACGGAAACUAUUUCUGCAGGCAUGGCUUUGGGCGAGAAUUUCUAAUUCAUAAUUCAGAGAU